AUGGCUGCCCGAUUCGCCCUCGUAGCGAUCGCUAAUGCCGCCAUUGCCAGCGCGCAGUUCUUGGAUGAUGACUACACUACCACUCGUUAUACUUCAGCAUACUGGACCUACACCUACGCUCAAGCGGAGGUUGCGACACAAAGCCUGUACACAUAUUAUGACGACACCGUCGCUACCGAGACUUACACUGAGUACCGCACUAUCAAGGAUGGAGUCACUCCUACGAUCGCCCCGUACUCGACGUCCACAGCCCUCGGCUACUACGACGAUCUUGAGGUCGUAUACGCGUAUUACACAACUAGUGCGGUGGCCGAAUCUGAUCUUGUGCCUGAGUAUGAUUACUACGCGACUUCCCCUUCGGCGACGGCGACGACCACCGAGACAGUCAGGGAUAUCGAAUUCAGCAUGCCAGUAACGAUGACGGCACCUGCCUCAUGCCCCACACCAUUUACCAUAACAACAUCCGCCUCUGUAUACGUCCCAACUCAGGUCACUGCGCAACUUUCGCCAGCUUCGAUUGAAACAUCCUCUGCCACUGCCUACUCCGGCACCCUUUACCUUUGGGAGACAUGGUACCUUUCCGAGAGCGCGGCGCCUUUCACGUCAACGUCGGACUACUACUACUCUGUCUAUAUGGCGGAUUGUAGUACACCUCCGGGAUCGUACAACACUCACACCUCGUCGUCUGGCGGCUCAAAUCGCGGCAGCUCAGACAACGACGACAGUGACAGCGACAGCUCAUACGACAGUUGCUACUACUAUUACUGUAGAUCUCGUGUGAUUACAUGGAUCAUCAUCAUUGCAUGCAUAAUCCCCGGGCUCUUCCUACUUGGAUUCCUCGAGUCUUGGUUCUGGUUCCGUCGCCUCAUGCUUGGUAAGAGUGCCAUGCGUUUUGGUACGGUCUGCUGGAUUCUCAUGUCGCUCUGGGUACUCUGCUUUACUCGCAUGCAAGAUCGCCGAAGCAACGAAGACCAGAAGAUGUUGGCUGAGAGGUGGAAGAACAUGGGUAGCGGAGCGGCUUUCAAGGCUUGGUGGAAGUGGGGAUUCCGUCAUCGAUACCCCGAAGAGUUAUUGGGUCAGUUCAGCAAGACUACCGUCGGCUUCGUACCGCCGGGUCAGCCACUGUACCCAAACAUGGCACAAACACCCGGUGCUUCCCAGCCUAUGGUUCCUGGUCAAGUUUACUACUACGGCCCUCCGCCUCCCGGCUGGGUUAUGCCACCGAACGGAGGUUUCGUCCCACCUCAAGGUUACACAUACCCACCUCAUCAGCAAGCUGGCUACUAUGGCGAUAUGACUAAAGCUGGACCGGUCGUCUCUCAAUCUCCCGUUUCAGCAGUAAGCUACCCACAACCGCAGCAGCAAAUGGGCAAUGUCUCUCCUAUGGCACCUCAGGUCCCUCAGGCUGCGCAUACUGCUCCUCAGAACGGCUCCCAUACUCCUACGCCAUAUGGCGCCCCGCCGAAUGUGGGUACAAUGCCAGCACAAGCACCGCCUCGAAGCCCCUCACCCGAGGGACCAUCGCCUCCACUUCCACCUCGACCUGUGGCUGAGGCAGCGCCGCAGAUUCCACCUGUGAACGUGAGCGAUGCGAUAACUACAGACGAUGCAGCAAAACAGGAGCCCACCGCACCGGCUACUGCUUCCCCUCCACCGAAGAACGAUCCCAACGACCGAAGCUUGUAUGAGUAG